AUGGGUGUUCGCCAAUACUCAACGUGGGCUUUUGCCGUCGGUUGGGCCGUCAUGGUUGCCUGCGUUACGGCCAAGAACAGCACCACUGGAAGCACCACGUUUCCGACCAAAUCGGGCAUCAGGAUCUGGGUCGACCCCGCCACACCCGACGACCGUCAAACGUACACCAGUUCACGCGGUCGGCAAUGGGAUCUCGUCAUGAGCGACGAGUUCAACAUGCCAAACCGCAGCUUCCGACCUGGUCACGAUCAUAUCUGGACUUCUCUUGAGAAACCUGACGGUGUCAACGGUGCAAUGGAGCUGUACUCGCACAACAUGACUUCCACUAAGUGUGACGACGACGGAACGUGCUACUUUUACAUCAAAGCUAUCGACGAAUUCAGCGUCAUCCACGUCUACAACAUGUACAUUCAUCCUCCACAGUUCGUUGACGCCUACUUCUUCUAUCGCGCGGCGAUGGUGCAGUCCUGGAACAAGUUCUGUUACCAAGGUGGCAUGAUCGAAACGCGCGUACAACUCCCAGGCGUAACCACAUCCGAUAAUCCAGAUAUUGCACUCGGCAAGGACUCAAAGGUGAAAACGGGCAAGUACUACCCGACUUGGCCCGGUAUCUGGAUGAUGGGGAAUCUCGGUCGAGCCAUUUUCUCGGCAUCGACUAACCGCAUGUGGCCGUUCUCAUACGAUAAAUGUGAGCCUGAUCUGUUCGACCCAAGCUACCAACGUAUCAGUGCGUGCAACGACAACCCCGGCUACGGAUUGAACCCGAACCAAGGCCGUGGUGCGCCUGAGAUCGAUGUGUUAGAAGGUAGUGCGUCCCUUGUGUCGUCGUCGCUCCAGAUUGGCCCAGGCAUGCCUGAUGAAUACCGUGUUAUGGGGAUCAACUAUGGACAAGACCCACCUUCGUGUAUCUACGGCGGUACCUGUACCACCCCCGGCGCGAACUACGUCGGUGUGCCAACCGCCGUUUACAACAAACGCGGCCACAAGUCCUGGUAUCAAGGCUUGCGUUAUGCGGCAAACAACUACUGCAAGCAAGACCCCAAAGCUAAGCAGGACUACAGUACGAUCGCUGCUUCAAUGAAGGCCGGAAUUACCGAGAACACGUGCUCGGUGGACGUUUGUCCGGCAUCUACGGAUGCGUAUGGCGACCUGAGCCUGAUUGACGGCAAGGGAGAGGAUCACUGGGGUAUCAACAGCAACGGCACGUGCUAUCCGCUUUGGAACGUGUACACUGGAGCCUACUUGUGCGACCCAGACAACACAUACUGGAAGUGUGCCAAGCCUCGAAAUGCUACCACAACGCCCAAGUCGAACGCCAUGAGCCAGUUUAAUUAUCAAAUGGACGCUAUCUCGGCCAAUUGGCCUGUACAUGUUGGUGCGUACACAAACUUUGUCGUGUACCAACUUGAAUGGGUCACCGGUAAGAACGGCUACGUGCGCUGGAUGUUGGGCGGAAGCCCGUUGUUCGAGGUGCCGUCGGAGUCGAUCUGGAACGUCCCGCAGAACGCGAACAAAACGAAUCCUGAGAAGAUCAUGCUGGAGGAGCCGAUGUAUCUGAUCUUUAACGUCGCGCUGUCAAGUUCAUGGGGUGCUACACCGCCCAACCCGGGCAAAAAAUGUCGUGGUGACGGCUCCGAUGAAGAAGCCAACAAGAUUUGCGACGCCUUCCCGUUGUAUAUGAAGAUCGACUACAUCCGUCUGUACCAGGACUUGGCAGACGACCUGGAAGAAGACAACUACAUGCACGUUGGCUGUGAUCCAGAUACUCACCCUACCAAGAAGUGGAUCGACGCUCAUAUCGAUGAGUACGAGGAUGACGACAAUAAACACAAGGAGGUUGCCGGCAAAGCGUUCUGUACCGUGAAUGAUGACUGUACGAUCGGAGGUAACUUGGGUAAGACGCUGUUGAAGACGGGGAAGUGUGUAAAGGGACGAUGCGAGUGCACGUACUCAUCGUCAUGGGGCGGUCCGCGCUGCACGACAGCCAUUUCCGGCUCAACCGGUUCAUCUGGUUCGCUGGGUAAGACUCUCUCAAAGAACUCGUACGGUCCUCCGAUGGGAUUGUCGAUCGUCGUAGCCGCGAUAAUUGUGAUCCUCAGCUUCGCCUCCGUGGCAUGGUCAAUCAUUAAAGAAAACAAUGCGGCUGCCACCUUGGCGAAGAAGAAGAAAACUGCUGCGGACAUGGGGCACUACAGCAACAGCAACGAUGCGCGCCUGGAGCAGGUCAGGCACGUCACGGGUAGAGAUUCGUACGGCAACGGUCACGUUCAAGGCCACGGCAACGACAUUCACCGCCGGCCGAGGGACAACUACAGUCAAAACUUUGUGUAG